AUGCCUUUGGAAACAGCAGCAGCUCACCGGCAGCAAAAGCGGCGGAAGCAGCAGCAGCAGCAGCAGCAGCAGCAGCAGCAGCAGCAGCAGCAGCAAGAGGAGGAGGAGUUCUUGGACUUGUCUCCGAUUUGUCUCUCCAAGCUCGUCUGCGUACGCGAAGACCCCAGCAGCAGCAGCAGCAGCAGCAGCAGCGGCAGCAGCAGCAGCAGCAGCAGCGGCAGCAGCAGCAGCAGCAGCAGCAGCAGCAGCAAAAAAGAAGUUGUUAAAGGAGUCCACUUCGUGGGCCCAAAUGCUGGAGAAGUUCUGCAGGGAAUGGCCCUGGCUGUUCGUUUGGGAGCAACAAAGGAGGACUUUGACAGGACAGUGGGAAUUCACCCGACAAAUGCGGAGAGUUUUAUGCUGCUGCAAAUAACGAAAAGAAGCGGCAAAGAUUGGGUUGCUGCUGGCGGCUGCGGCGGCGGCAAGUGCGGCUAG